GAGAAUCAUCGCAGGACCGAUCAAUGAGGCAUAUUAGAACCUUAAUUAAGAAGAAGGUGGUACGUCCCUUAACACGAAAGGGGAAUCAUCACCGAAAAAUAAGGAGAGGAGGUGGUACGUCCCUUAACACGUUAGAGGAAUCCUCACCAAAAAAUAAGGAGAGGAAGGUGUACGUCCCUUAACACGAAAGGGGAAUUAUCACCAAAAAAUAAGGAAAGGAAGGUGGUACGUCCCUUAACACGAAAGGGGAAUCAUCACCAAAAAUAAGGCAGUACAUCCCUAAACACAAAAGGGAAAUCAAUGCCAAAUAAUAAAAAAAACGGUACUAUAAAAUCAAUUCACAAAAAAUUACUUAGGGUUGAGUGUUUAGUUAUGACAAUAAGUAGUGACAAUCGUACUAAGUGACAAUCGUACUAAUAAGUUAUGACAAUCGUACACAAGCACCAAUUGCUCUUUCUGUUCUUGGGGAAAUUGUGCAGCCAGCAAUUAAGCCUUGGGAUAUUUUUGAGGUUCAUAAAGGAUUAGAAAUUGAUUUGGAACAUCAAACGGCCGAGGAUAUUACUUUCGAGAAUUUACAUAGAGCUGCUUUCAGGUUUUUUAAAUUUUAUUCAAGUAAAAGUCGGCCAAGUAAAGGGCGGAAUCGUUUUUUCAUUACCUACAAGGAAAGGAAAAAUGGAGACGA